CUAAAUUAUUAAUCGCCCGCCCAUAUAAAGGAACCAAGGUAGACAGAGUUGUCCCUCUUGCUCUUCGAACCAGAUCUAGGGUUUCCAUUUUCUCACAAGCUUUCGCACUCCAGGAAAGAUGCCUCGUUAUGAUGACCGCUAUGGUGGUACAAGGCUCUAUGUCGGCCACUUGGCUCCACGGACAAGAUCACGUGAUCUGGAGGACCUCUUCAGCAGAUAUGGAAGAGUACGUGAUGUGGAUAUGAAGCGCGAGUUUGCCUUCGUUGAAUUUAGUGAUUCUCGAGAUGCUGAUGAUGCAAGAUAUAGCUUAAAUGGUCGAGAAGUAGAUGGGAGUCGCAUUGUAGUGGAAUUUGCAAAGGGGGUGCCACGUGGUCCAGGUGGAUCUCGUGAAUAUCUAGGCAGAGGUCCUCCUCCAGGAACUGGACGCUGCUUUAAUUGUGGGCUUGAUGGCCAUUGGGCUCGAGAUUGCAAGGCCGGGGACUGGAAGAAUAAGUGUUAUCGCUGUGGGGAACGAGGCCAUAUAGAAAGGAAUUGUCAAAACAGUCCCAAGAAACUGAGACGGGGGCGGAACCACUCUCGGUCACCAUCUCCUCGACGUGGGAGAAGCCGUAGCCGAAGCCGAAGCCGUAGCCGUAGCUUCAGCAGGAGUCGCAGCUAUAGCCGAUCUAGGUCACCUGUAAAGAGGGAGAGGAGUGUCGAGCGCGUGGAUAGAAGAUCUAGGAGCCCUCGUCACAGCAGGAGCCCAAAGCAGAAUAAAGUGUCGCCACCGGCAACCAAAGGGAGGAAGCGCAGUCCAACGCCUGAUGAUAGAAGCCCACGAGAGAGAGGUAGCCUAUCACCAAGGGACGACCGUAGGCAUGCGAAUGGGUCUGACUAUGGUGACAGCCCCAAGGCCGGGAGCAGGAAUGGGUCUGAAUAUGGCGACAGCCCCAAGGCCGGUAGCAGGAGCCCUAUCGGUGAUGCUGCAAGAGACAGUCCAAGGGCUAUGAGCUCCAUUGAAGAGAACGGACGGAAUCGCAGACCCAGCCCACUACCUGCAGAUGAUAGGAGCCCUGUUGAUGACGAUGAUAACCAUGGUUCUCCAAGGGCGGGCAGUGAAUCUGCUUAGUAGUGACUGGCUCAACAACAUUCUAUCUGGAAACUGUCCAGGAUAUGCUCUUUUAUGGUUUAUAUCAUAUUGAUAAUACCUCUGAUGUUACAUCUUAAUUGAAAUUUUUGUUUAGAAUUAUGCUCUGCACUGCAAUGACUGAUUGGAGUUUGAUGUAUUAUGAGGUGUGAGAGUCUGUUUGGAAUGAAUGCUAUGGCCAGGGGAAGAGGGCCUCAUCAUUAUGAAUAGUC